UCUUCUUGAGUUGCAUUUUAUCCCGCAUGCUCCCUCUAUCGCUCGUCUGUCUAAUGUUUCCUCGCUCCUUUUUCCCUUUUCCAUCCUCAUUUCUGGAGAGUAGUUAGCAGCAUUCUUCAUCUGCCACUGUUCUCUCUUUGCAAUGUCUUCCCUUUUCUUUGCCUAACACUCACCUGCUUUCAACAUGGAUAUUGGAGGACUGACCACUGUGGUAGCAAAUUCUGCAUACAUCAACGCACGUGGAAGCAUCGAUGGUUCCAACCCUGCAGCGGCCCGGGAAAAGAAGUACCACGCUCGUCUCAAGCUGCCCCACAUCACCGUUUGUGAGGGCCUAAGGGACACCCUAGAUUUGGCAUUUGAUUUGGUCUGUGUGGAGCAGCCGAUCGGUAAGCGCCUCUUUAGGGAAUUCCUGGAAGCUAAUAAAGAGUAUCAUGGCGCUUGUCGUUUGUGGAGAGACAUCGAGGAAUAUGACCUGGCAGAGGACUCGGAAAGGGGGAAGAAAGCUUCCAAGGUAGUCCAAAGGUACAUGGACUCGUCUGCCAAACACUUCUGCCCAUAUCUGCCUGAGGACGUCAUAGCCAAGGUCAAGGUAAACCUGGAGGCUGGUGGGGAUGAUUUGUUCUCUGCAUCGCUGGCCAAAACGUUGGAAUACCUGCGAGAGGCCCCUUACACUUUCUUUCUGGAGAGCAUGUACCUGAAGAGGUUCCUGCAGUGGAAGUGGCUGGAGAUGCAGCCCAUGGAUGUGGACUGGUUCCUGGACUUUCGUGUACUGGGGAAAGGUGGGUUUGGGGAGGUCUCGGCCUGCCAGAUGAAAGCCACGGGGAAACUUUAUGCAUGUAAGAAACUCAACAAGAAGAGGCUGAAGAAAAGGAAAGGCUAUGAGGGGGCAAUGGUGGAGAAGAGAAUUCUGGAGAAGGUCCACAGUCGCUUUAUUGUCUCAUUGGCUUACGCCUUCCAGACAAAAGAGGAGCUUUGUCUGGUCAUGACCAUCAUGAAUGGAGGAGACCUCAAGUACCACGUCUACCUGGUGGACGAGAACAACCCCGGAUUCGACGAGCCCAGAGCCUGCUUCUACAUCGCUCAGAUCAUCCAGGGUCUGGAGCACCUUCACCAAAAAAGAAUAAUCUACCGUGAUCUCAAACCAGAAAAUGUGCUGCUUGAUAAUGAUGGUAAUGUUCGUAUAUCUGACUUGGGUCUUGCCGUAGAGCUAAAAGAAGGCAAAACAAUGACUAAAGGCUAUGCUGGAACACCAGGUUACAUGGCCCCAGAGAUGCUGAAAGGAGACAAAUAUGACUCCUCGGUCGACUACUUCACCCUGGGUGUGACUCUGUAUGAGUUCAUUGCAGCUAAGAAUCCGUUCAGAAAUCGCGGAGAAAAGGUCGAACGAGAAGAGAUGAAGGAGCGCAUGCUAAACCUCCUGGUGACCUAUCCAGAUAAUUUCAGUGAACAGGCAAAGUCACUGUGUGACGGGCUGCUGGCCAAAGAGGUUGAUAAGAGGAUGGGGUUCAAGAACGGAUGCUGUGAUGAAAUCAGAGCACACCCCUUUUUCAAGGAUAUUAACUGGAGGAAACUCAAUGCAGGUAUUGUUGCACCUCCUUUCAUCCCUGACCCAAAGGUAGUCUAUGCCAAGGAUUUGGAUGACGUCGGUGCUUUCUCCUCGGUCAGGGGGGUUGCUUUAGAGGAUCCCGAUAAGACAUUUUUUGACGAGUUUGCUACAGGCAACAUCUCGAUCCCCUGGCAAGAGGAAAUGAUUGAUAUGGGCAUUUACGGAGAGCUGAACCUCUGGGGGCCUGAAGGGAGCAUUCCAAAUGAUCUCCGCAGGGAGUCCAUCCUAGAGCAGCCAAAAUCCUCAACCUGCUGCAUAUCGUAAAGUAUUUGGAACACACUGAAAAUAAAUGAACCAGACAGUUUUUAGACUUGUAUUUCUUUAGAAGAUGCCUCAUUAAAAACCCCCAGGAAAGACAAUUGUGUCUUCUGAGCUUUCUGACUACAAAUGGAAAACAAUCUGGUCUGUUUUUCCCUUCCGGAAAUGUGAAGGACAGAAUAAAGGUGACGCUUGGAUUUGGAGAGGACUUAAUUUAGUUAAAAACAAGUAAUUCCAAACAAUAUAACUUCAUUUUAUGUGUUCAUGUGCUGAAUUAAUGCAACGCUGUUACAUCUAACGUACUUUAAAAAUCCAAUUAAUGGAAAGAGUUUUAGUGAUUCUGUCAGUAACGUUCUGAACAUUUCAAAUGUUUAUUUGUCCCCACUGCAUCUCUGCUGCUAUAGAGUGUAUGCCCUUUAUAUGAAAGUUUUUUUUUUCCUUUGAGUGAUAAAAAACUGGUUUUACUGUAUGCUACAAUGCCCAAAAGCUCAAACUUUCAAGUUUGUUUUUAAAUAUUUCUUAAACUUUUAUUUAUUGAUCAACUAUUGUCACUUAUAAUGAAUAACUGUGAAUGAAGCACUUUGUUGGGUCAGUAAAUAACCAUGACAGACUAAUUAACAGCAAAGUUAUUUAUUUCUAAAACAUCAUGUUGUUCAGAAGUAGGAAAUGUCUAAAAGAUUCAAAUAAAAUAGCUUAUUCAUAUGAA